AGCCUCGAAGUGCAGAUCAGAUCUCUGUCGUUGUUCGUUUUGUUCGGAUCCAUAAAAAAAGCAGCACUUUGCUAGCUGAAUCACGUAUGAAAAAGAGCAAAGUUCUUGAAGUUCAACACACCUAAAAUGAGGAUUCGUGGCGAUUCCAAAGAGAGAAAAAUCUUGCAAGAACAACAUCAACAGCAGCCUCAGCAACGCAGCCUCAUUCCGGGAAAUAAAGCCGACAACUCCUGCAUCUACGACGAUUUAUUUUCACCGCGUGUGCCGCGCCGAAGAAUCCAACGCUACUGGGAGUUAUCAAAUGUAAAAAUGUCUGGGUCUGGAAGAUUCUGAGAUUUGUCAUGCAUGUUUUCGAUGACCCAGGAUGUCUGUAAUGCACGACCGCGCAUCACAGAUAUUGAGCUGGCUUCCUGAUGCCUACUCCGCAUGACAAACGCCCUCCCCGCGUAGCACAAACUAGACGCCUCUUGCUGGUCAUGCAAUACAGAUUUUUCUAGAGUCCAAAGGUAGCAUCACAAGUUCCAAUCUUCCAGACCCAGACAUUUUUACAUUUGAUAGGAGUACGAAACGCCGAAGAUUUUGGACAAAAUCCGGGAAUCCGACAAAAAACGGAAAAAGGAGGACGAACUGCAGGACAGCAGUGUAUUGAUGAUUCACCACGCGAGUAAAAAUUUGUUUCAUCAACAGCAACCACCUUGUUGUCCGACGAGCGGGAAUAACAGCAAAGAGAAUUGCGGUGACGCGGCUGGUCGAGGGAAACAAGAACAGGAACAGCAGCAGCGGAUUAAACUGCAUCCGAAGCCGGCAGAUCAGCAGCAUCUGAAAUCUACUUUGUUGCAAAAUCCAAAAUCCAAUUCCUCGCUCUACCCCGCCGUCCUGCAACGCAGAACCGCGUCCUACCCCCCGAUGGCGCAGAAACAAGAGCAUUUCCAUUAUCAGCAGCACACUAACCCGACCCGUGCGUUUCAACCCCCCACACUGCAUCCCUUCCCAGCUCCCCCACUUAAGCCGUACGAGAAGGGCACUACGGUUGUGUACUACUCGGAAACGCAAAGCCGGUGGAUCUUCGGAACGGUGGAAGGGUACUCGCACAGCCAGCGAAUUUACAAACUCGACGUCCAGCCCAAAGCACCGUACUAUCGGGUGCGAUUACCGGACCGGAAGGUGAUGCGGAAUGAUAAAAUUUGUUUCAUCUACUUCUUGAUGUUCUGUCAUGCAGAAACGACUGCAAGUAUGUGCUGUCCGUGUGUCGUAAAGCUAUAUCAUUCCGAAUUGCAAUGCAAAACCGCACAAAUAAUCACUCACAGACCCUCCGUUCCGCCGCCCCCGCUGCUCCGGCCGCGGAGGAUGCGAAUAAAGCCGGGAUCUUCCAUAUCGCAAGAAAAAAGUGUUACAGUUACACAUUGCGUCGCAGGCCAAGCAAGACAGACAAGCUCUGUCAUGCCGGAUAUGCAUAGGAGCCUCGUGUCAUAGCUGUUUUCCCGUAGGAUUUCUGCAUUGCAAGUUUUCUCUCUCAUGCAGAAAAAUUUGUCUUGCUGAAUUGACAACAGAUGUGUAAUUGCAACACUUUUUUCGCGGGAUCUUUCAGCCGCCCACGCGUACCUGUACACCUCCCGAGGUGAUAAAGAAAAAUCCGUUUCUGCCGAACAAAUGUAGCAACCAGGCAGUGGAGGUCCAGCACCAGCACCAGAAUCAUGAUCCUGCUCCGGAAGCAGUAGUUGUGCCGACCACGAUCGCAGCUUGUUCUAGUGCAAGUAAAAACUGCGGCGCCAAUAAUCGUACCAUCGGACAGAUCGCGAUUACGAUUUGUACGGCAGACCACCCUGCUGCUCCUGCUGCUACUGCAGGUGUCCAGAACAAGAAUCCAAACACGACUAUACCAGUACAAGUCACCGGAAAUCCUGCGGCUACCAGUGAAGAAAAGCAGGAUAACAACUCCGCCCAACAUCAGAACCAACAUGAAAAUAAAUUUCACGACAUGAUCCCGUACGACGGCCCGUCGAAAGUGACCACACUGUACGCGCCCGACGGAUAUCCUGUGCAACUACAGUAUCGUACUAGCUACGCAGAUUUCGCAUGGCAAGAACCUGGUUUGGCAUGACAAAGAACUGGAAUUUGUAAUGCGAAUUCACCGGAACAAUCGGAAUUUGUAAUGCGUGAUCGCAAUUUGUCCCAUGUGCUGCCAGUCGUGCGAUGCAUUUGCGGAGGAUUCAAAACGUGGAUACGUUACCCUGGAGGAGUUUGAGGCGGUGAAAAGGGAGUUGGGGGAGAAGACGACGUAUGCGUUGCAAAAGCAUCGCACUAGUCGUAAUUUCAUUACAAAUUUUCUUAGCAUUACACAAGAAAUCUGUAAUGCUGUUUUACCUUAGGAAGGAGAUUUGUCAUGCAGAAGAGCAAUUAGAAUUUGAAUUACUACGAGUAUAACAAUACUUUUGCAGAGCAUACGACGCAGUUGGGGUUGAAGGUGUCGGAGAUUGACUGUUUGAAAUUCCAACUGAAGACACGGGACGGAAAGGUUAGGGAGUUGGAGGAAAAAUUGAGUCGGACGAAUAAAGGAAACCUCCAGCCCACCUUUCACCGCAAUCCACCACGGCGACGACCUCUCGACGCACGGACCCGGCGCAGUUUUGCUGGACCAUUGUUCGAACGGGGUUUGUUCGAAGUGGAUGAGGAGAAGCUUUUGAAAGAUUUGUUCGAAAAUGUCGACUUCGAAUUGAGUAGUAGCGAGGAGAAAGAACAAUAAUCUUUCGGCUGUGUCACGACCAAAGAAAAAGGAAAAAAAGCCGGAGGUGUUGUAUUAGAAUCGGCAACAUUGGAAGAUAAUGUGGAUGGGGAGGUCUGGAUUUGCUCGAAUUAUGAUUACAGUGAUUUUUUGUUGAGUUUUCUGUGACACUUACGACAAUCGCACUUGCUUUCUGUCUAGAAUGAAGGAGUGCUGUUUUUCUCUAAAAAGUAUCAAUACUCUGUCGCUAUUAGUGUUGCUAAAUAUAGUGAAUUUUAUUCAAAAAAAAACGUAUAUCUUCAAGUCAGAAUUUUCGCAAAACCGAAGUAGCAUGACAGGCUACAAAAUAAGUACUGCUAGAUUUGAUGUUUUAUUGCUUGACUGUAUGAUGCAACUCGGCUCUGACGCAGGAAACUUAUGACUCUUUUUACCCUGUAACAACAUGUAUUCUCGUUUUACCCUGAUCAUUUCUGUUUGCUAUUUCUAGCCACAGUUUCUGUUUCACCUGUUUUUUUGCCAGGCAAGCGCGCAGAGUUCAAAUUACGCCUCUCCACCAAAGUUUGUGAGAUUAUGUGGAACCGCUGAAGAUGCAGCGACUCUCUAUCUGUAUGUACUCACUUCCGCGCGCAUCUUCUUAAAGAAUUGUAUUUAUUCAAGACGAAAGCAGUACUCUGUAUGAUUUGGAAAUCUAGAAAUGGCGCACUGCCGA